CUAGCCAUGACAUAAUAAUAGUGAAGGCAUCUCUAUAGUAGUGAAAGAUGAAACGAGGGUAGCCUACAACGACAAAGCGUGCCAGCCAUUUUGGGACCAGGGAAUCCCAUCAAACUCAAUAUUUUACAUGGAAUGCUAUCAACAAGAGAAGAUUAUGGCACCAAAUAAUGAAAUUUUUCAAGAAAGGUGAAGGUUACAAAAUGGGAAGACAGCCUUGUUGUGAUAAGGUUGGUUUGAAGAGAGGUCCAUGGACUAUUGAGGAAGAUCGCAAGCUUGUGAAUUUCAUCAUCAAUAAUGGUAUCCACUGCUGGAGAACAGUUCCCAAGCUAGCAGGCUUGCUAAGAUGUGGAAAGAGCUGCAGAUUGAGAUGGAUUAAUUAUCUGAGGCCAGACCUCAAGAGAGGUGGAUUCACUGAAAUGGAAGAGGAUCAAAUUAUGCAACUGCAUUCGUGUCUUGGUAAUAGGUGGUCUAAGAUUGCUUCACAUUUUCCAGGGAGGACAGACAAUGAAAUCAAGAACCAUUGGAACACAAAAAUCAAGAAGAGGCUGAAGCUCCUUGGUUUGGACCCUUUGACACUGAAGCCAGCUGAGCAAAAGGAAAAGUCGGGUGAUGACAUAAAAAAUAUAGAAUUACAACCAAACACUUCAAAAGGGUCUGAACAAGGUGUGGAGAACAAAUCCUUGGACAUGCAUGGCACAAGAGAAGUGGCAAAAACAGAAGGGAAAAUUGAAGAGAACGAGGUGACAUGGGAUGAUACCACUGGAAUUUUCAACAAUUAUGAAAUGCUGUGCUCACAGUUGGACUUGGGAUCAUGGGUGAGCCAAGAAACCAAAUCCAGCACUAGUUCUUAUUGUAGUUCUUCUUUCUCACUUGAUGAUUCUAGCAACCAUUCUGUGGGUGAAUCCUCUUACCUUCAGGAAAAUUCCUUACAGCAAUGGGUUGAUGAUUUGGAUUCCAUUCUGUCUUGGGAUAACUUCAAUUCUCUUGAGAAAGAUUUUCUCUUCUUGGAUAAUAGGCAAUAAGCAUAACCAUCUCUUGAAACUGCCACAUUUUUACAAUCUCUCAAUCAAUAAAAUGUUACAAAACAUCUUGUGAAGAAGAAUGCCACUGCUUUUUUGAAUGUGAUUCCAUAUUGUUGAAUGUGAAUUGGAUAUUUUGUUUUUGCUUGUCCCAUGUUAUAUGAAUUUAACCAAGUUGAAUGAUUUCGUGUAAUUUAUGUAGUAGAUCUCAUUUAGUGAAAUAAGAUUUAUGCUGCUGUUGUGUGUUCCUUAGCGACACAGCUUGAAUUGAACUCCUCCACAACACCCCAUGACCUGUACAACAUGUGGGGCUGAAGAAUGCAAAGUUGAUAAGAUCGCCACUUUUUCUUGUCUCCUCUGUAACUGACAGUUUUAUUAAAGUUGUCACACACAUCAUCAUGAAAUGUCCAAGGUUUACCUUGCUUGGUCGCU